CGCUAGCACCUAGUUUGGUCUAAAGCUUUAAAGAUACAGAGUCUGUGUACAGAGGAAAUCUGCAAAAGUUAUUACGAGCGUCAGAACAAAGGGCACUGUCACAAUGCGUUGUCGACGUCGUAAUUAUACGCUGAUUUUGGCAUUUUCUAUAGAAACCUGGCAUGCCAUAGAUGUCAUAUAGAGGUUUCAAAAGUCACCAAAAACAAGAUUAGCACAGCUAAAAUACAAUCAAAGGCACAGAGCCGGACCCCGGAAGAGGACGACUUCUUAAAUCUCCGUUUCCUCAGCACCGACAGCGCGGGAUUGCGUUAACAUAAGCACGCCUAUUUUAACUAUCGUUUCGAUCUGGUUAUUCAGAGAUGGACAGCGAAGUACAGAGAGAUGGAAGAGUGUUGGAUCUCACCGAUGAUGCCUGGAGGGAGGACCGUCUGCCCUAUGAGGAUGUCACCAUACCGCUUAGUGAACUCCCUGAGGCAGAGCAAGACAAUGGCGGAUCUACCGAGUCCGUGAAAGAACAAGAGAUGAAGUGGUCCGACUUGGCCCUGCAAAGUCUCCAUGAAAACACUCCCAGUACUGGGAACUAGCAGGCCGGAUGCAAGUGCAAGACGAACGAUCGUCACGGAUUGAGAAUACACUGGCUUUUCACUACAAAGAUUAAAAGUAUUGUAAAUAAAUAUACACGCACACGGGAAAA